AUGGCUACCAAAGAGCGAAAGAAUCCAAAAUUGCACAUCACUGAGCAGCCUAUUACUUUGAGUAACUGGCAUCAACAUGUCAAUUGGGUCAACACAUCCCUCAUCCUGAUAGUCCCCCUCGGUGGGUGUGUGGCUGCCUUCUAUACCAAGCUCCAAGCAGCCACCGCGGCCUGGGCUGUUGUCUACUACUUCUGGACUGCGCUGGGAAUCACUGCAGGAUACCAUCGUCUAUGGGCACAUCGAUCAUAUGAGGCGAACUGUAGGAGACUGCCUUUGAGAAUCUUCCUGGCAUGUGCCGGCGGUGGUGCUGUGCAAGGAUCGAUCAGAUGGUGGAGCAGCAAGCACAGAGCCCACCACCGAUGGACCGACACCGCCAAAGACCCCUAUAGCGUGAUGAAAGGGGCUUGGUAUGCGCACUUCAUGUGGAUGGUCUUGAAGCAGAACCCAAAGAACAAGGGAAGAACGGAGAUCUCUGAUUUGAACGAGGACCCCGUCGUCGUCUGGCAGCACCGAAACUACGGAUCGGUGAUCCUCUUUUUCGGCAUGCUGUUCCCAAUGAUCAUCGCUGGCUUGGGUUGGGGAGACUGGAAGGGUGGUCUGGUAUAUGCUGGCAUUCUCAGAUUCUUGUUUGUUCAGCAGGCCACUUUCUGCGUCAACUCUCUUGCCCAUUGGUUGGGUGAGCAGCCCUUCGAUGACCGAAACUCACCUCGCGAUCACGUUAUCACUGCACUGGUGACUUGUGGUGAGGGUUAUCACAAUUUCCAUCACGAGUUCCCCUCCGAUUACCGCAAUGCUAUCGAAUGGUGGCAAUACGACCCCACCAAGUGGUCUAUCUGGACAUGGAAACAACUCGGAGUCGCAUCCAACCUCAAACAAUUCCGUGCCAACGAAAUCGAAAAAGGCCGCGUCCAGCAACUCCAGAAGAAGGUUGACCAGAAACGCGCCAAGCUUGAUUGGGGAACUUCGUUGGGUCAGUUACCUGUUGUAGACUGGGACGAUUUCGUCGCCGAGGCUCAAAACGGCAAGGCCCUCGUUGCCAUCGCUGGUGUUGUCCACGACGUGAGUGGGUUCAUCAAGGAGCACCCGGGUGGAAAGACGUUGAUCUCAUCGGCUAUUGGGAAAGAUGCCACCGCCAUGUUCAACGGGGGUGUUUACAUGCACACCAAUGCCGCUCACAACCUGCUCUCCUCGAUGCGAGUUGGGGUGAUCCGAGGCGGCGGUGAGGUUGAGAUUUGGCGGCACCAUAAUACCCAGAAGGGCAAGGCUUGA